ACUCGUAACAAAAUGGCCGUCUUUAUUUGCUUCCUUUUCUUUCUUAUUUCAUCUGCAACUGCUUGCAAUCGUUGUGUGCACCAAACUAGGGCUGCCUAUUUCACUCGAGCUUCAGCACUUUCAUCUGGGGCUUGUGGGUAUGGUUCCUUGGCAUUAGGCUUCAACAGUGAACUACUUGCAGGCGGGGUUGCUUCCCUUUACAACGAUGGAGCUGGUUGUGGAGCGUGUUUCCAGAUAAGAUGCAAGAACAAAACUCUUUGUACCGGAAAAGGGACUAGAGUGAUUUUGACGGAUCGUAAUGACAAUAACCAAUUAGACUUUGUUCUCAGCAUCAAAGCUUUCACGGCUAUGGCUCUACAAGGGAUGAGCCAACACGUUUUGGAUCAAGGGAUCGUGGACGUGGAGUACAAGAGGAUACCUUGUAAAUACGGGAAUCGGAAUUUGACCGUGCGAGUGGAAGAAUUAAGCCAAAAACCACGUUACUUGGCAGUCAAAUUUAUGUAUCAAGGUGGUCAGACAGAGAUAGUGGGUGUGGAUGUGGCUCAGGUUGGUUCCUCGAACUGGGUUUCCAUGAGCAGAAAUUAUGGGGCAAUCUGGGACACAGGCAGAGUGCCAUCUGGGCCACUGCAAUUCCGGUUUCUAGUAACAGCUGGGUACGACGGGAAGUGGGUUUGGGCACAACAUGUUCUUCCUGCUGACUGGAAUUUAGGAGCAAUAUAUGACUCAGGAGUUCAAAUAACUGGUAUUGCACAAGAGGCCUGCUCUCCAUGCGACAAAGGGACCUGGAAAUGAGGGAACUUGGCCCUGCUGGGGUGAAUAUAUGUUGGUCCAGAUUAAGUAGCUUAGAAUCUUCGGAAAUAAGAACACGAACUGGAAUGGCUUUCAGCUGCGUUUUGGAGUUCUGAACUUCAUUAGCUUAGAAUCUUAGGAAAUAAAAUAUCCGAGAUUCCUCCCACCUUGUUCCUUUCCGACUCCCUCUGAUAUGCGUACCUAUAAUGCAUAUGAAUGACUAGCAAUGCGCCGAGAGGGAGUAAAAACAAUAAACUAAAAGAAAAAAAAAAAAAAACUUUCGACGCACAAGUAUUAGCCGUUUAUAAUAUGGACAUGACGUGGUGUGGAAAUUUUACAGGAAACCACCAUUAUACUGCAGUUGCCACUUGGGACUGAGGAUGAGAAAUUGCUUUGAAUGCGAGAGCAUGAUGGCUCUAGUGAGCAUAUAUGUAGGCCAAUACCCCAACAUUUUAGAUCAAAGUGUAAACUUAAACUUCGCUGGACAACGCCACAAAUCAAGUCUGGCAAGCUGGAGUGAGCCAUGUUUUGU